GCCAUAAGCUGAAACAUCAUGGACGACUUGCAGUUGAGCCAGGAAAAAGGACUGUCAGGGAAGAAGUGCUCGUUCGCCCACUCCAGAAUCUGGACUGGGUGAGGGUGACCCUACAGGUGUGGCAUUAUUCAUUCAUGAGAGAAGGGAAGGCGGACGGCGGCGGCAGGAGAGCAUGGCAAUUAGCAAGGCUGGCGCUAGAAGAUCACGGGGAAGGCAAGUUUGACAACGGGGCAUCUUUUCUGGGGUCCCCAGGAAACAUAUAUAGGCCCACUCCCUCCCUAAUCGCUAUGGUACACACGAUGAUGCAUGUUCGUGGAUGCCUGACCCCCUGCUUUGGAAAUUUGGAACAUCGAAUUGUGGAGCAAGUUUUGCAUUACUGCAGUGUGCAAGCUACGACUGAAACACAGGGAGGACGACGAUGGUAUGAUUUUUUCACACAAAUUUUACAUGGAUGUAUUCUAGAAUUCCAUAUGAAUUUUAUUGGAAGGAGUGGAAUUAUUAGUAUAUAUGGUCUGCUCGGACAGAGGAUGGAGGCGAGCGAAGCUACAGUUUUUGUGUCUCGUAUAGUACGUAGGCGUUGCCGGCUGGCCGCCGUGCAUAUGCGUGGGCACGUACGUACGUAUACGUACUACAUGUCCUGUGGUUGGCAGCGCGCGGCGCUAACUCCUGUGCCCGUAUAAAUAAUAAUACCUUAAAGUUCACGUAUAUAUAUACGACGUCGUCGUACAAGGUCCGGCACUCGUAGAUGGCCGGUGGCCAUCCUUAGUACAGUUCACAACAGCUUUAUAAGUUGUUGUAAACUGUUUUUUUUGCGCUAAACACUUAUUUUUAAAAUAGCUUUAUGGGUGAAGCUGUUUUUCUUCCCCUCUCACAAAAAUAUGAGUGAGAUGAUGUUGAAAAAAGUAGCUUAUUGCAGCUCUCUCUCAUUUCUUUGUCACAUCUAUGCAAAAAGUAGUUGGUGAAGCUAUUUUACCAAACAUUUUUUUUUUCAAAAUAGCUUAGCUUCAUUUAGGAAGUUGCUCAUACAGCUAUUUUAUAAAAAAACAACUUUACUAGUGAAUUUGAGCUGUGCCAAACAAGGCUCUAUAUACGCGUACGUACGUGCGUGCAAGGUGUGAAGUCGCGUAUGUACGCGUGAUGCGUUACUUGCUUGUCGCAUGCUGCACGAUAGAUAGAUGCAAAUCAAAAUGGUCCAACUACAAUGGUCUGGCUGACCCUCGACGCAGGGCUGUAUAUAGGACUACGUACUGUCCUCCACUCCGAAAUUUUUUUUGUAGGACUACUGUCCAUUACUGUACGGACGGAAACGUGUGGCCUGUAAUGCUAUUGCAUAUAUAUAGACGCUUGCUUGGUAUUAGCUAGACGAUGCAUCAUGUUUUGGAAGCUAGCUUACGUGCUUGUUUCUGUGGGGGCAUGUAGUACGGUGUGCAUGCUAUAUAUCGAUCGGCCGGGGGGUCUAGCUAUCACGUGAAAAUGCACAAAGUUUUGUAGAUACAUGCAUGAGAAUCAUAUAUACCAAUAUAUCAGUCAGGUACUAGUAUACAUAGGGGGUGUUUAGUUCCUCAUAAAAUCCAAAGUGCAAAAUGCCAAGUGAUGAAAUGCAAAAUUUUGGAUGUAUCAUGAGGGGAAUAAACUCUGCAUUUUGGAUGGAACUAAACACGAUGCCACCUUUUUGCUAAAAAAUUUGCAUGGUGUUUAGUUCCAUUUUACAAAAUAAUAGAUCAAAACCUAAAAUUUUUUUGAGAAAAAAGGGCAACUAAACACCCCCACAGUACGACAUUCUAGUUACAGAUUGUAAAUGUUGUGCCACUGCACAUGCAUAUGCACCUGCCUGUGUUCAGUGUUGGUGUGAUGAUAUAUAGGAACAAUCUUAGGAUCAACGACAGACGACGACGACCGUAUGCUGGAAACUGUUGAAGAGAUGCAUCGCAACAGGUGCAAAUACCUUGCACAUGUACCUCCAGGAAAGGUAGGGAACACAAUUAUUUGUGAAAAUCCGCUUUAGCUGCUUAAAUGUGCAGUGCAGUGGAGGGCUCUCGUUUUUAAUAGGAUGAUGAUGGUCGUGAUGAGCUAGUGCAUGCUGUGAGAUAGCGACGACAACAGCAAUAGGUAGCGCUGGUCCUCGCCUGUCAACUAUACCAUAUAGUUCGUCUUUUGUCUUAGCAUCCUUGUUGCAUUGGUCAUAUGCACGCACAGCACACGUAUGGUCCGCUACUGUGUGCUUAAUACUUAUUAGCAUGACUUUUUCAUUAAUGUACAUUGUUUUAUGUUGUUGUUAUCAAUCUUUUUUUUUAACUUUGACCGCCUAUAUAUGUGUAUAUCAAACAUAGAUUUAUAAUAAUGUACGGUUGAUGCUGUCAGUAUAUUUACUAUUAAGGGAUGAAAA